AUGAUCGUCGGAGAAAAUUUCUGGGAUGAGGAGAAGGAUGCACCUAUUCUAAAGAGGAAUGGAAAUUAUAUUAACAAGGAUAACUGUGAAGUUAUUUGCAAGCGUGCAGAACAUUUCUACGAAAUAAUGUUAAGCUAUAUUAAAGAAGAAAUAAAUGUGGAAAUUCGAGAUCAUUGCAAUGAUAAGGAAAUUUUACGGAUAAUUAAAUUAGACGCUGAAAGAACUUUUAACAAAGAAAAAAAUCGAUCAUUAUUAAUCGAGGUAUUACAAUCCAUUUAUCCAAUAACGAAUGAUUAUCAUCAAGGAAUAUCAUUCAUUUCUUCCUUUUUGUUACUUUUUUUAGAACCAAAGGAAGUAAUAAAAAUUAUAACAGGCUUACAUAAAUAUUAUUUACCGGGUUAUUUUAAGGCAAUGCCAAAGGCAUAUGUGAGAGAUUCUCGUGUAUUUUUAAGUAUUUUAAAUAAUUUUCAUCCAAAUUUAUAUGAACAUAUAAAAAAUUUAAUAACUCCUGAAGCCUUUGUAUCCAAAUGGUUUAUUGGUCUGAAUGUUCACGUCUUGACAUUUGAAUCACUUAUGUUAUUUUUCGAAUAUUUAUUAAAAGAAGGAGAAAUAUUUUUAUUUAAAUAUAGUAUUGCUUUAUGCAGAACAUUAGAACAGGAAAUUAUGAACACAAAUGAUGUUUCGAAGUUACUAGAGCUGUUACGACUAGAUCAAAAACUUUUCCCCAAUGAUUAUAAGAAAUCGGAAACACAAAAAAUUGGAGAUUUCUUUUUAAAUAUUAUAGAAGCUUCUCUAAAAGUGGAUAUGUCAAAUAUUGACUUAGUCAAAUUGAGGGAAGAAGCAUGUGCUCAGAUGAGGUUAGAAGAGGAAAGGAGAAAACAAAUAGAAAUGGAACGUCUUCUCACAGAUGACGAAAUUAUUUUUUCUGACGAGGAGGAAGACGAAGACGAAAAAGUUGUCAAUGAUGAUUCGAACCUGACUGAGACAGAGGAUGAAGACAAAUCAGAGCUUGGAGAUUCCAGCAAGUUUAAACGAGAAGACACAAAAGAAAAAACAGUUUCAAGUGAGGAAGUACAAACGAGUGAGAAGAAUGAUGUGGAAAAAAGGGAGUGUGAAGACGCACAUAACUGCAUUUAA